AUGAAGCCACGCAAGCGUGCCUUGCAGAAGCAACGGAAUGGUUGGCAACAGUCGUCUGGCAGCAGACAUUCCACGCCAGCUAACAAUGUAAUCUUUACCCUGCUCGAUGAAGCUCGACAGACAUCAAGCCAUGAUACCUCAUUCUGGACUCAAAACACACAGCUUCGAAAGAAGCCUGUGGCAUUCGUUAGCUCUGGCUCUCACGAUCCGUUGACCUCGCCGCAAGUCGAAUCAGAGGAAACGGAAGAUUCAAAACAGUCCACCGAAACGCCUGCGGCUGCAAAUGAAGAACCACCGCAACCAGAUAAUGUCAGCUCUAGCGAAGAAGUAAUCGUUUUCAAAGGCCGAAAGCACAUGAAGCGGAAACCCCAAGCGCCUAAGAUAGCUCAAACGGCUCCUAAGACUCUUCAAACUCCUGAGGCAACACGAAUUCCCGAAGAAGUACAAAUCCCCCAGGAAACGCAGACUCCCGAGGAGACGCAGGCCCCUGAAGCAACGCAUAUUGCUGAGGCAGCGCAUAUUCCCGAGACAACGCAUACCCCUGAGGCGACGCAUAUUGCCGAGGCACCCCACAAUCUCAAGGCAACUCAUGUCCAGGAAAUUACACUCACGUCCAUACAGACCGAAAUCCAAGCGGUUGAGAGAGAGCUAUCCAGUGAACCGAGAGGGCCUCAUAUCCAAGAAAAUGAAGCAAGCAAGGAGGAAGUUCGAGAUGAAGAUGGGGAAGAUUCCGAUGGCCUUUUUUGGCCAAAGAAGAAAUCAAAUAAGUCACGGGGACGACAGAAAUGGGGACAAGACUCCGAAGAGGAUGCCAUACUCGCCGAUUACAUUGCCAACAUGCGCCAAAAUGGGGAGAUGAUGAGUGAAACGUCUGAAGAAGAUUCGGAUAGCUCAAGCAGUGACGAUGCUGGAGACCACCUGUCGGCACCCUCAGGCCUCAAGGAUGAAGAAAACGUCGACAUAUACUCGGAGGCAGAAUACCAGCCUCAAAAGUCACUGUUCGGUGAACCUGGUGAUGAUUUAAAUAAACGCGAAUCACACUCUAUCUCUCGUCCAUCGUCACAAGAGAAGCUUAAGGGGAAAGCCGCAACCAAAGGCCUCACGGACACUAUCAAGCAUUCUUUCACUGAGGUUGACUAUCUUGAAGAACAAGGGGAUUUCGACUUUAUGGACUGGGAACGACCUAGCGUAAGGCGAAAAAAGGGCAAAGCGAGACGUCUACUUCUAGGCUCAGAUAUCGACUCGGAUCUCGAAGACAGACUGCAAGCCACCUACAGCAAUGAUCGGCAGAGAAAGGCUCAACGUAAGAGGGAGAGAGAAGAGUUGCGAGCGACAGGGAUGCUAGGUAAUCGAAGCCAGCCGGACCUGCUAGCAAAGUACCGGACAGGCAUCACGGCGAACGAGGCUGUGGAUGAAAUCAAAACGUUCCUUGCGGGACCUCAUCAAACGCGCAUUAAAUCUACCGCCGAUGGAUAA